CGUUCAGUUCGACAGCAGGAGGAAGUAGUGAAUACUAGAGAGAGCUGUUUGAAGUCAUGAACGAGUCACAGUCCAAGAGGCCAGAGCUCGACGCGCCGCCACCGGCGGGCCACCCCCCUCCACCGCAGCACCGCCUCACCCACGAGCAAGAGCUCUCCGUCAUGGUCGCUGCUCUGACCGACGUCAUCUCCGGGACUUCGUCAGCUCGCAGGGAUGAUCACCCGGAUCCCGCCUUGGAGCCGUGCGGUUACAUCACGUGCCGCGAGUGCGGAAUCGAGGGCUGCCUCGGGUGCAGCUAUUUCCCGCCGGCGCUCGAGCACCGUACCUCCCCUCCCUCCGCCGCGAGUUCCGUGCACAGACCGUCCGCGUCAAACGCGAGAGCACCUAAUGCUCGUCAAAAGAACGGAGCGAGGAAGAGUCGCUAUCGGGGCGUGCGUCAACGGCCAUGGGGGAAAUGGGCGGCGGAGAUCCGGGACCCACGGCGCGCAGCUCGGGUUUGGCUUGGAACCUUCGACACCUCGGAGGAGGCAGCCCGCGCGUACGACAAGGCGGCCAUUGAGUUCCGAGGGCCGCGAGCGAAGCUCAACUUCCCGUUCGUCGAUCACAGCCUGCGGGAAAGCGUGCCUUCCCCAUCGGAGAGGCGGGAGGCCAGUCCAGAGACGGCGACGGCACCGGCAAACCAGGGGAAUGCCCAGGGGAGUGAGCUCCAGGAGGUGUUCGGCGAUGACGAAAUGCGACAGUGGAUGAUGACGACAUAUUUUGGAGCCGACAAUUCAUCGGAGUCAUCGGACGGACAUGGUCGCAGUUCUUGAGUCUGUUGAUGUUCCUCGACUCGUUCCCAUGUAGCAUCUGUUUUACUGUUCAUAGCUGGAAUAUGAGAAAAUAAUCUAAGCUUUAUUUA